AUGCCUUCGCUCAAAUUCUUCGCCUUUUACAUUGCCAUGUUCGUUGGCCUUCUGGUCAAUGUUGCUCUAGCCGAUUUAGAGGCUACGGGGCGUACCAGGCCUAAGCUUGCCCGGCGUUACGACUACCGCCUUGCCGAGCGAGCGCUCCACAGACGAGCAACACUCAUACCUCUCCUCGAAGAAUUCAGCACCCGAGAACUUAUCGAAGAACUCGUCGAAAGGACGGACGGAACAAAUACUGUCCAAUUCCCAAGCAGUGGAAGUGGUGGAAAUACCCCGCCAGCCAAUGGUGGCGGCGGUCGUGGCCAGCAACCUGGUACCAGGCCCAGGAAGGAUGCCGAGAAAAGGCGACAAUCGUUGGACCUUGGAUUCCCAGCACCGCCCCCUACUGUGGGCCGAAUCCAUACGCCACCAAAGAGGUCUCAAAGCUGGCGAUGA